AUGUCGGUGUCCGGCCUUUGUAUUGCGUUUUUGGCCCUACAGGGACUGGGGGUAGUUUCAGCUCAGUCCCAACCCUCUGAGAAGGUCUGGGGUGUAUAUGCAUUCACGGUCAAUGGAGACAGCAAGCCCAGCGUCAUCAGCAGCUCCAAGCCAUUGACUGACUAUGGAGCAAACGAACUUGUUACGGCGGCAUCAGCCUUCCGUUCUCGAUACAUCUCGAAAUCGGGAAUCUCCGAGACUGGGAUCCAGGGCAUAUCUCCCAUCAUAUUGGACUCAAAUGAUGUGAAUGUGCUUUCCACAACCGAUCAAAAUGUCAUUGGGUCCGCGCAGGCCUUCAUGCAGGGACUUUAUCCACCUCUCGGGGCCAUGAAUGUAUCGAGUACGCAGAAAGUGAAUGGCUCUUUCGAAUUGGCACCAUUGGACGGAUAUCAAUACCCCCAAAUCAUCACGCUCGGUGACGCCGACCCUUCAUCUAUCAUGGUCGAAGGCCAAGCCAAGUGUAACAUGUACCAGGCUGCCGAGAGUGUCUACCGAAGCAGCAACGAGGCCGAGCAAAUGGCGCGCGACACGGAUACUUUCUACCGGAUGAUUUGGAGCCUAGGAAUGUCUGGUGUCUACGAUGAAUCCUUUGCGACUUGGACUAACGCUGUUCCGAUUUCUGAGUACUUGGACUAUGAGCUGUUACAUAACGAAUCGUUCAUGCAGAGCAUGACCGACGCUCAAAUCAUUCGCGCUCGCUGGCUGGCGGACCACUACCUAUGGAACACAAACAGUCAACAGUCAUCAUCCAGUGGGUCUAUGAUCAGAUCAAUCAGCCCAAUUGCAGGACAGACACUGGCAUCGAGUAUCAUUCAAGCCUUUGAUAUGAAUAUCCAGCAAAAGGGUACCCGGCAAAAGAUGACCUUGAUGUUUGGUGGCGAUGAGCCAGUCGUGGCAUUGUCUUCUUUGUUAGGGCUCGCAAGUGACCGUCAACCGAGCUUUUUCUCACGGCUCGUUCGCGGCGGGUCAUUUGUGUUUGAGCUGUACAGUCUGGAGACAAGCGGUGAUUUGUACCCAUCGUAUCCACAAGCAAGCAAUUUGCACGUUCGGUUCAUGCUCCACAAUGGAACAGAAAACGCCACCUCAUUCGAGCCAUACACCAUGUUUGGACACAGCCCUAGCCAGGCUUCCAUCCCAUAUUCUGAAUUCCGCUCCGAGCUGGAGACGUUUGCGGUGAGUUCCAUUCGGGAAUGGUGUGUUCAGUGCAACGCGGAGUCGUUAUUCUGUACGGGUGCGCUGGGUGAAGGCAAUUCCACUCCAGAGAAGAAGAGAAUGGCUCCCGCGGUGGCAGGCGUGAUUGGUGCCGUGGUCACGCUCGCUGUUGUCUCUAUCACCGCCGUGAUUGGAUUCUUCUUGUGUGGUGCGUGUCCGACCAAGUCUCGAAAAGGGAGUGCGAGAAGCAGUCUAGGAGGAUUCAAGGGACCUGGAAAGCUUGCCAGUGACACAGACGUUUCAUUCCGUAACCCGAUCUGGAGUGCUUCCAAACCUGACACUGCUGAUCCAUCUGAUGGGAUUCAAGCCGGGGUUGUUGUGCAAGGCCAUGAACGUCACGGCAGCUGGGAAAUGGGUGAGGGGAAGAAGGAGACCGAGACAGUUCAAUCGGAUGGAGCCAGGGGAUCGCCAUUUGGAGACGAGCAUGAGGACUGGCGGAUUCACAGUGGAUUGCAGCCAGUCAAGAUCCGAGAGAGUGUGUAG